AUGGAGGACGGGGUUGAGCCGGAUGAUUUUCUGGCUCAAUUGGGUGUCGCCCAGGUGUCUGCAGAGCACCUGGAGCGCGAGGUGUUGAAUCAGGGCGCCGCAGCGUCCACUGGCGUGAACUCUGCUGCGGGAGGCAAUGCUGCGGAUGCUGGGACGGCGCCGCUGCUAGCGCAGCUGCGCGCCAUUGACCGGGAGCUGUGGGAGCUGCAGCGCGUGGCAGCGGCCCGCGAGGCCGUGGCGGAUGAUGGCGGGAGCGGCGAAGCGGUUGCACCCACGGAGGAGGAGCGCCCGCAGCAGCAGCACCCGUCAGACGGCGCCCUCCGGCCCCUCGAGCUGGCCGUGAUGUCCGCGCGAGUCUCGCAGCUGCAGCAGCAGCGCUCCGCGCUGGCACAGCAGGCCGCCACGGCUGGGCUUGAGGCGCCCGGCUUGGAGGAGCAGCAGCGGCGGUUUGAGGAAGAGCGGGAGCUCCAGCUGCAGCGGGCGCAGGGCGCAAAAGGCGGCGGCAGGAAGCGGCAACGGGGCGCCGGCGCCGCAAGCGACGCUGGCGGCGGUGGCGGGGGCGGGGAUGCCCCGAUGGCUGGCGGCGGCUUGGUGGAGACGGAGAGGGACCGGCUCAUCCGCCUGGGGGUGCUCACACCGUUUGAUCGCCUUGACGGCUUCGAGCGCCGCGUCCGGUCGGCGCCCGCGCCGCCGCCGGCGGCAGCGGCAGCGGGGGCGCCCGCGCCGCCGCCACAUGCAGCAGCGACGACGGCGGCGGUCGCACAGCGGCGGGCAGAGGCUGUUGCCAUCGGGCGGCCGCCGCGGGCGCCGGGGACGCCAGCGGCGGCGGGGCAACAGCGAGGGCCAGCGGAGGUGGACCGGGAAUUUGCAGCACUCCUGCAGGGCCACGGCGACGGUGGCGGCGACGCAGGGCUGGAGGAUGGCGGCGGCAACGAGGCAGCGGGCGAGGGGGCCGCAGGCGGCAACGUGGCGCGGCUCAUGGCCAAGGCGGCGAGCGAGUCGGCGGCGCUGAGCGGCAGGGGCAGCGCGUCGGCCGAGGGCGGGUCCGACGAGGACUCGGAGGUUGCGGAGGCCGAGGCGGCCGCGGAGGAGGCAGAGGGGGCGGAGUUUGAUGACGUGGACGAGGGCGCCUUCAGGGCGCGGCUGGACCGCUGGGAGGCGAUGCGGGGCGGCAGCAGCGGCAGCGGCGGCGGCGGUGGCGGGCGGCGCACGGGGUCGGCGGCAAAUGGCGAUAAAGCGCCCAGGCAGGGGCAGGGCCCGAGGCGGGAGGAGCAGCAGCAGCAGCCGGGGCAGCGGGAGGGUGGCAACGGCGGCAGUGAUGGUGAGGAGGAGGAGGACGCCGUGUUUGACGGCGGCUUCCGCGUCCCCGGGUGGCUGUGGUCGCGCCUGUUUGACUACCAGAGGACGGCGGUCAAGUGGCUGUGGGAGCUGCACACCCAGAGGGCCGGGGGCAUCCUGGGGGACGAGAUGGGGCUGGGCAAGACCAUCCAGGUGGGGGGCGGGGUUGGUGUCGUCGAAGACAGCAUGGAGUAG